GUUGGCCAUAAUGCUCUGCCCAUCUAUUUCCUGUUCGCGUCACUCACUUCCUUUAUCCUUCCCUGGGCGAGCGACGGACGGAGGCGCUAGAAUGUUGGCAACCAGAGUAUUUCGUCUUGUUGGUAAACGGGCCUUAUCCACUUCCAUCUGCCUUCGGGGUGGACAUGGAGUUGCCAAGGUUGAGGACUACACACUCCCAGCAUACUUUGACCGUCGGGAGAGCCCCCUUCCUGACAUCAAGUUUGUGCAGCAGCUGAGUCCUGAGCAGAAGUCUCUGAAGGAAAAAGAGAAGGGAUCCUGGGCUGCGCUGUCCAAAGAGGAAAAGAUUGCAUUGUAUCGUAUCAGCUUCAAAGAGAGCUUCGCUGAAAUGGAUAAAGGAACAGGAGAGUGGAAAUCAGUAGUUGCAGGAAUUUUCUUUUUCAUUGGCUUCACUGGCCUUGUUGUGCUGUGGCAGAGGAAGUAUGUUUAUGGAGAUGUCCCACAUACCUUUGACCCUGAAUACAAGCAGAAGGAGGUCCAGAGGAUGUUGGAUAUGAGGAUCAACCCUGUUGAGGGCUUUUCAGCCAAAUGGGACUAUGAAAACAAUGCUUGGAAGAAAUAAAUUGUUCUGUACAUGUUGAUCUGUUGGACCAGGCCCACCCCUUCUAAUAAAUCAUCCAAUAAACAGAUAAGUCUGUAUUUAUCAUUUGUCCACCUUUUACCUCUGAAUGAUUUGGAAGAUUGCUUCCUCUUAAGGUUGUGUAUCAUAAAUAAAAUCCCAAUAUGUAUCAAA